GCAGUUGUUGCUCAGCAUCACCAACAAUUUGUUAUCCCAAUCAAACCUCAAAUUGCGAACUACCAAACAACCGCUAUGGGAAUUUCUCGACCAGGUUGGGCAUUGAGCAUCAUAGCCGUGGUAACCAUUAUCACGCAGAUUGCAACUUUAAUCAACCCUUCGAGCUUCAUUCAAGACUUCAAAGUUGAUAGUGUCGAGGCAGUGCGGUUGAUUGCAUUCCUUCUCAUUCUGAUAAAUGGUUACGACCUUAUGGGAGCUCUUCAAGAUAACUGGGCCGUGUACAAAUUUGGAAUUGUUGCACGUAUUGCUGCGGCCUUCCUUUUCUGGUCAUUCGGUCCCACUUGGAAUUUCAUGGUUGGCGUAGAGAUUGCAACUUUGAGUAUCUUGGUGGCAGCAAUGGUGGCAGCAUAGCUAAAGACAAGCACGUUCGUUGCAAAUUAGAGUGGUGGUCUUGCCUGAUAUAAUUAAUGGCUCUAAUCCGC